GCCUCCGAAACAAAACGCCUCCUCCUCCUCCCCCCCCUCUGCGUGUCCCGGCGCGGACCCUCUCUAACUUUCCACAACGCCCCCCUUCAUUUCGGAGUUGCUCUUGCUUGUGUUGCCAUCGGUGGUUUUGUUGCUUAACCUCGACCCUUGCGUUAACCCGGAGGAUAAGUUAAACCGUCUUCACUGGUGUGUGUGGUCGGUGAUUUACGCUGGUGUGCAACCAUCGACGAACGAAAUGCGGUCGAUGCUCUGGAGAAUGGGAGUGCUGCACCUGGUCUGUGCAUUGGCGUCUGUCGCAAAGGUGCACUCGCAGAUAGACUGUGCUGGGACAACGAACAAGUUAAAUCUGCUGAGUAACAAGGAGAAGCAGUACGAGAUCCUGCGUGAAAUGUACACCAACUGUGAGAUCGUCAUGGGGAACCUGGAGAUCACCAACAUCCUCAAUGGGAGCGACCUCUCCUUCCUGCGGUCGAUCCGGGAGGUGUCUGGGUACGUGCUGAUCGCCCUCAACGAGGUGGACUACGUGCCCCUGGAGAACCUGCGUCUCAUCCGCGGCAACACGCUCUACGACAAUAAGUACGCGCUCAGCGUGCUGCUCAACUACAACAAGGAGCAGCCUGAGUCGCAGCAGGGUAUUCGACGGCUCCACCUGAUGGGCCUCUUGGAAAUCAUUAAAGGAGCUGUCUACUUCGAUUCCAAUGAGUACCUCUGCUUCGCUGACACCAUAAACUGGGCUGACCUCAAGAGCAAGCGGUCCUCUGAAAACGUGACCAACAAGCUGGACUUCUUCAAAUCAACAUGCAAGCCCUGCCAUCCGUCCUGCAAUGGCCACUGCUGGGAUGAAGGUGCAAAUUACUGCCAGAAGUUCACGAGUCUGCAUUGCGCCAAGCAGUGCGACUCACGCUGCAACGGUCCCGACUCCAACAACUGUUGCCACCGGCACUGCGCCAGUGGCUGUACUGGCCCCUUGGAUACCGACUGCUUCGCGUGCAGGUACGUCAACGACAGCGGGGCGUGCGUAGACCACUGCCCGCCGCCCGAGGUCUACAACCAAAUCUCAUUCAAGCUGGAGCCUAACCCUCACGCUAAGUACAGCUACGGGGCCACCUGCCUGGAGAAGUGCCCAAGUCAUUUUGUGGUGGACUACAAUGCAUGUCUUCGCUCGUGCUCCGCAAAUAAAAUGGAAGUAGAAAACAGCAGUGGGGUUAAGCACUGCACCGCCUGCGGUGACAUCUGUCCCAAAGUGUGUGACGGAAUAGGGUCCGGGAGCCUGAAGGAAAGUCAGACGAUCAACUCUGCCAAUAUCCACCUCUUUCAAAACUGCACAAAAAUUAGAGGAAACCUCGUCAUUCAGAAGCCGGGCAUCAACGGGGAUCCUUAUUUACAUAUAGAACGCAUGAAUCCAGAGCAUCUGAACUAUUUCAGAACCGUGCAGGAAAUAACAGGAUACUUCAACAUCGAGGGAUGGCCCGAAGAGUUACCGCAUCUUGGGGUCUUCGAAAACCUCAGGGUCGUGCAAGGCAGAGCAUUUAGAAGCUCUAAAGAGUAUUCUUUCUUAAUUUCUCACCUGAACAAUAUAACAUCUCUGAAUCUGCAAUCUCUGCAAGAAAUCAGCAAAGGCAACAUCUUAAUUCAGCAGAACAAAAAGCUGUGCUUCUACAACUCUGUGAAUUGGACUCUUCUGACUGGGUCAACAUCUACCAUGUUUAAAAUUGUGGGCAACAACAAAAACUGUGACAAGCAGUGCGAUGUACUGUGCUCUACCGAUGGCUGCUGGGGCCCCGGACCUUCGCAGUGCCUCGCCUGUAAGCACUUCAAGAGAGACCGCACGUGCGUGGAAGCCUGCAACCUCAUGCACGGGGAGGUGCGGGAGUUCGCCGAUGGGAACGUGUGCAAGCCGUGCAAUCCGGAGUGCCUUCCUGUGAACAACAAUCUCACCUGCAACGGCCCGGGAUCAGAAAAUUGCUCCGCGUGUCGCAACUUCAAGGAGGGUCCACUUUGCGUCUCAGAAUGCCCCAGCGGCAUCCAGGGAGAGAACAACACGGUCAUUUACAAGUAUCCAAACGCGUUCAACAUCUGCAUGCCUUGCCACACCAGCUGCAUCCACAGCUGCACAGGACCAAACGCAGAAGACUGCAGUGGAAUGGCCAAACAUAGCGUGAAGCUUGUGGCGAUAUUAUCGGGCCUGAGCAUCAUGUUUGUCAUCGUCGUACUUGUACUGGGCAUCUUCAUCAUCAAGAGGCAGCAGACAAAACGCCGCAAGAAAACCCUCCGAAAGUACAUCGAAAAUGAGCUGGUGCAGCCUUUAACGCCAAGCGGUGCCGUUCCGAACCAAUCAAAGCUACGGAUUAUCAAGGAGACACACCUGAAAAAGGGAAAAGUCUUGGGCUCAGGAGCCUUUGGAACAGUGUACAAGGGGGUAUGGAUACCCGAGGGAGAAUCGGUCAAGAUCUCCGUUGCCAUCAAAGUUUUGAGAGAAGCCACAUCCCCGAAGGCCAACAAGGAGAUUCUUGAUGAGGCGUACCUGAUGGCGCGCGUGGAGCACCCGUACUUGGUGCAGCUGCUGGGCAUCUGCCUGACCUCCACGACGCAACUCGUGACACAGCUCAUGCCGCACGGCUGCCUCCUCGACUACGUGCGCGAGCACGUACACAAGCUCAACUCGCAGAUCCUGCUCAACUGGUGUGUCCAGAUCGCCAAGGGCAUGCUCUACCUGGAAGACCAGCGGCUGGUGCACCGCGACCUCGCCGCACGCAACAUCCUCGUCAAGGCCGUCAACCACGUCAAGAUCACCGACUUUGGGCUGGCGCGGCUGCUCGACGGCGACGAGCAGGAGUACCACGCCGAGGGGGGCAAGAUGCCCAUUAAGUGGAUGGCAUUGGAAUCCAUACAGUACAGGAAAUUCACUCACCAGAGCGACGUGUGGAGUUUUGGAGUCACCGUAUGGGAGCUGAUGAUGUUUGGAGGAAAACCGUACGAUGGAAUUCCAGCCCGAGAAAUCCCAGAUCUUCUGGAGAAGGGGGAGAGGCUGCCUCAGCCUUCUAUCUGCACCAUUGAUGUGUACAUGGUCAUGGUCAAAUGUUGGAUGAUCGAUGCCGAGGCACGCCCAAGGUUCAGCGAGCUUAUUUCAGACUUCUCUAAGAUGGCCCGAGAUCCAAAGAGGUUCUUGGUCAUCCAGGGAGAUGGAGUGCAUGACCUGCCCAGCCCCUCGGACAGCAAAUUCUACAAGACCCUGCUGGAGGAGGAUGACUUGAAGGACCUUGUGGAUGGAGAAGAGUACCUCAAUACUAAGCCCUUUACACUGCAGCCUCCUCCUACAGGCCGGAGAAGGGGGGCAUCUGCAGUGACCAACGGAGACAGUUCGGCUGCUCCAACGUCACCAACAAACAGUCAAGCACCCCUGCUCGCGGACAGACGCUCGUCGUCACGUUCCACCUCCGGCCGGGCUCACGGGCAGGCCGCCUCCUUCGAGGGCCCCGUGCGGGAUGGGGGCCACGGCGCCCGUGUCCCCGUGACCCCGCACCCUCGGCUCGGCCGCAGCGUGCACCACGACGGGGUCGAGCAGGGGGCCAAGGGCAUGGACGGUGCCGCCGCGGCCGCCGCCACCACCGCCAAGUGCGGAAUUGUCCCCAGGGUUAACAGCCUGCGCUACCUCAAGUCGCCCGGCGCACAGCCCCCGACGGAAGAAGAGUCGGAUGUCCUGCCGGACCCCGGUUGGCCCCAAUCUGGUGACCCCUCAUUGAUGCUGGAGAACCCGGAUUACCUGGAAAACCCAACGGCCGUCACGCACGGCCCCCGAGGCGAUCAGCAGAUCUACGUGAACGACUUUCCCAGCCCAAUGGAAAACCCAGAAUACAUGGAGCAGGAGAUGACACCGUCGACAGGAGAACCCGACUGCCCGUUGAUAUGUGGCGAGCGGCCAGCGCCCGGCUCCGGAGCGACGAGUGAGAGAAACCAGGAGUACUUGAACAUGCAGCCGGCCAAAAGCAGGCCCAGGCAGAAUGGCGGCGUGAUGCUCAGCACCGCAGAGAACGUGGAAUACUUGGGGGACUUUGCCGAGAGGCCUGCAGCGGUUACACUGCACAACUCUCUAUCAACUCACACCACUGUUUGACACUCAGGGACACUUGUGUGUGCAUCCGCAGUAGUAUAAAACUAUCAACAGCGGCACCAGUAUCAUUAGUAGUAGUAGCAGCAGUGACAGCGGCAACGUUAUCAUUUCUAAGCUGCGGCACAAUGCACUAUCACCCAUACCAAUAUGUCACACCAGGACACAGUGAGUGCAGUAGCGGCGGCGGCAGGAAAGUCACUACCCUCUGUGCGCAGCACGAAUCGUACAUUUGCGCACUCGUUUGAUCAUGUCGACACAUCACUGAUGAAUGGGAUUUCUGUGGAAAUAUCCACAUCCUUCACGAAAGACAUAAUCAUGCCCUUCUCGACAGAUAGCAACUCAUGGCUAAAUGGUUAAGCAUUUCUGCAGUAUAUCAUUAAUAUCAAAUUUGCAAUAAUUUAUUAAUUUACAAGGUACGUAGCUGUGAUUUGUAACUUUUCAAAGCAAAUGUAAAUCUGUGCAUAUUUGAAAUUGGUUAAAAUACACAAUUAUUUAUAUUUACUCUCGUUUGCUUACCCCACGGCAUUUAUUCACAAUUACAUCUUAAGUGGCACAUAGAGUGGGGGAUAUAAGGACUGUACAUUUAUAUUUUAUUUUUGUAAAUGAUGAUUUGGAGAACGGGAGAGUAGGGUGUGAAAUUGAACGCAACUUUGUUCAAGGUUGUGACCACUUUUAAAUUUGCACAGAGAAACUUUUUAGAUAUAUAGAUUUGCAUAUUUUGAUAUGUCGACAUGCAAAAAUAAAUGAUAGAUAUGAAAUCUGCAAAUGUAGAGCACAUUAGUAUUUGUGUGGAGUCCUAUGGUAAGAGUAUGGUUUUAUUUGACUGGAAAUGUACUUGUGUCGUCUAUGCUACGUAUUAUGAUUUGUUUGCAGUAUAAAUAAGGUUUUUUUAAUGCUAGGUUUAAGAUAUAUAAUUUGUUCAGAUGAGGGUGCUUUUUGCAUAAUGGAACACUGCCGGGUGAAUACCUUUCGUUUGUUAAUCAAGUUAUUAUCCCGCCUUAAAACAACAACUUCAGGAUCAUGCAGCUAAGCAUAGUGUACUCUGUUUUGCAUGAUUUUAUGGUGACUUUGUGCUGGUAUAUGUAUAUUUUGUAUCAUAAUUUUUAACAAUGAUUACUGCUGAAGCCUACAAUAAUUGAAACCACUGAAAUAUACAGCUCACAUUUGUGUAUUGCAGUUUUCGUUUUUCAGUUGACAACACUGCAGUGAAGAUGAUUUGCUAGCCCGAUGUAAUUUAAAAUGUAUUAUAAUUUUAUCAGACUUUUACGGUAUUUGUCACACAUUACACUUUUCUAUAUUUGUAGCUCUUGGUUGUGAACACAGUUUUUAUACCAGAAACAUAUAAAUAAAAGUUUGCUUAGCCUAGCAGAAUGCCGA